AAAGUUGAACCAAGCUGAUCAUCAUAAUGGCUGAAAGCGGACCCCUUCCGGAUCUAGACUUACACUUACUGGAGUGUCCAAUCUGUCUGGAGCGACUUCGACAACCAAAGUCUUUACCCUGUCUCCACUGCUUCUGUCAAGAUUGUCUUGGGACCUACAUCACCAAGGAACUGUCUGGUAAGAUGGCGUCUUGGACAUCCUUUCCGUGUCCAGUUUGUAGAGGGAUGGCCACGCCUGUCAAUCAAGCGGAAAGCAAGGAAAACUGGGCUAAACAGUUCCCAACAAAUGGUGUGAUCCAAGAACUUAUCAAGCUUAAGGAACAGUCGUCUGGACCACUGUACUGCACAUCUUGUCAAACAAAAGGCAAUCCGUCCAAUCCUGCCAAGUUCUGGUGUAAAAAAAAUGAAUCCGGUUUCUGUGGGACUUGUAGAGUUGAUCACCACGAUGUCGUACAUAUUGGAUGUGAUAUAUUAGAUAUUACCAGGCACGACAACAAUAGACAAAAACAGAACCCGGCUGUUCCUCACUGUGACCAACACGACGAGAAUAUGGUUUGGUAUUGUGAGGAUCACAAACUGCUCGGUUGUAACAUAUGCGUUUUAAAAGACCACAGACGUUGUGAAGCAGUGACAACAGCCACAGAAUAUAUUCAGAAGCUAAAAGCAGGAUCACAACUGACAAAUAUGCAUGCAGCACUGAAGAAAGGAGCAGAGGUCAUGAACUCUUUAGUGAAGGACUUUGACGAACAGCUACAAGACAUGGUAAAGAGCCAGGAAAUCGCCUUACAGAGUAUUACAGAUUUACGUCAUAGGGUCGACAAACGGCUUGACGACCUUCAGAAGGACUGCACAAACAAGUUGAUCGCAUUGUUCAAAGACGAAAAAAGUAAAUUAGACGACUCCUUACGGCAAUGCGAACGUCUAAAGAAUAGUAUGCGAAAUAGCUUGAAGUCGUCCAUUAAAGCUACAGAGGGAAACGAAAACUCUGAAACGAUAGUGUUGUAUCAGAGAGGGAAGGCAGAAGUGGAGUCGUGUAAGGCUCUGGUCACGGAGAUGAACGAAUCUUUCACGUCCGUCAAUGUUAAGCAUCAGACCAAACUCGAACUUGGAAUCAUUGGUGAUGACGCUAUGGGGAAAAUAGUCAUUGAGAAACCACCACGACGUUUUCCUGAGAGUCAUGGUUACCUUACAUCACCAAUGUCCGGGCGUCGCGUGAGAGAAGUACAACAGGUUGAUAUAAAAAUUACAUCAGAUGAGUAUGAUUGUGAUGCAGUUGGCGUUGUGUACCUUCCGAAUAAUCAAAUAGUGGUGAGUGAUGAUAACAACAAGAAACUGAAGCUGUUUACAGAUAAAGGACAGUACCUGGAUGAGUUGAUCAUUCACGGAAGUCCCAAUGAUAUGUGUUUUGUGAAUGCCAACACAGUGGCUGUGGCAGUUAGCAGUCCUGGUGGUGUCCAUGUCGUGAAAGUCGAAAACUCAAAACUAUCGCUUUCAUUUGAGAUCCGUAUGCCAGAUGAUAAAGGCCUAAAUGGUAUAACCCAUAUCAACGGAAGAUUUGUCGUUUGUACAGACACAGAAGAAGCAGAAGUGUACAGUGUAACACAGGACUUCGCCGCUGAGCUGUUACAUCAGUAUAGUUGUAGGUGUUUAUUCCUCUCACAUGACCCAACAAAUGAAGACAUACUGGUCAGUUGUCACACUACUGUUAAAAGCAAAGCAGUGCUGUCCAGACUGUCGACUGACCAGCAUCUCAAGGAUGUGAUAAAAGCCGGUCUCGUGAGUAAUGCUGCUGGUUUAAGCGUUGAUAGAGAGAGCAACAUCUACGUGUGUGGCUUUGCCACAAACAACGUCGUGCAGAUGUCUGGGAACGGGACGCACGUCAGGAAACUGCUGACGUCAUCUGACGGAAUAAACCGUCCCUUUGCAAUUGCUGUUUGUGGUGACAUGUUUGUACUCACUGCGGAAGAUACUAACUUCGUCCGCUUGUUUCAGCUCUAUUAAGUGAGUUACAACUCGUCUCGUUUAUGUACAAAUCUAUUCCCGUAUCAAUAACUUUACCUUUAACUUUACCAAAACCUUACCGCGAACAUUCGGUUUUGUUAUGACAUGUUUAAAAGGAUACGGAGAAGUCACUGGUGUCUAGAGCGGGACCCAUUGAUUUCAAUGAUGAAUCUGUAUUUAAAUUCCAGUAGAGCGACACUUUACCAAGGAUGGACUGUUAUGAUGUUUAUCGUAUCAAUGGUUGGAACAAUGUGCGUAAAACCUAUAUUAAAGACUUUAAACACUAGACAUUUUGUGUUCCGUAGAUAACCCAGAAACGAAAAUAUUUUUCAUUGUAGUUUGAUUAAAAGCUUCUUACAAUGAAGUUGUUAACGGUUGUCACUUAAUUUCUUUGCUUGGUAUGUUUGGUACUAACAGCCAGAAAAAAUGUGAUAUUGUCUUCCUUUUUUUCAAUUA